AGAUCUCGAAUAUUCUAGUUUUAAAAGUGACAACAAAAGUGACUUUUUGAUUGCUGCCAGUUUUGAAUUAAAUAUGUUAUUAUUAUAAAUUUUACCGCGCAUUUUAAUUGUUUUGUUUUUACUUUGUUGUUAAAAAAUAUUUCAGAUAUAUUUUAUACGAAAAUGUUACGAACAAUGUUAUCGAAUUUUUUGUGUUUAAAUUCUAAAAAUGGUGUUUUUAUAAUGUUUAAAAGUUUAUUUUAUUUGUUAUUAAUUAUAAAUUUUAUGCAGAUAAGUCAUGGACAAUUAGUUGAAACAGAUUUUUCACCAUCAGUUACAGCGACAUGUAAAGCGGGCUAUAUGACAAUUAAAAUUGCUUUUAAUUCCAGCUUUGUAGGAGCAGUACAUGCUAGAGAUUUCCGGACACCAGCCUGUAUGACAUCAGGAAACGGAAGUCAAUUUGUGCAACUUGGUAUCAAUUUAUUAGCAAAGCAUGGUUCACCCGACUACUGUGGUGUUUUAGUCAAUAAUAAAACCGAAGAACGAUCAGUACCCGUUGCUGUUCGAAUACACAAAACUUUAGAAUUAGCUGACGAUAAAUUCUAUGUCAUAACAUGUGGUAAAGCUGGAUUUAAAAAUGCAAGAAAUGAAACAAGUUUGGUAUCACUUCGACUAAUUGACAAAGAAAAGGACAGAAAAGUGCAAGAAGCCAUUUACAGUCAUCCAUAUAUUUUACGAGCAGAAAUAUCUCGACCAGAUGGUACAUAUGGAAUUCGAGUAAAAUCUUGCUUCGCCUUUAAUAAACGUAACCUAAGUGUACCUUUAAUAGACGAAAGAGGAUGUCCAGCAAAUCCUGUUAUCACACAUUUCAAGUAUGACGAGAAAAAAGGAUUUGCCGAUGCAACACUCCAUUCCAUGUUCAAGUUUCCAGAAAGUACAGAAGUACAUUUUCAAUGUGAUAUUGGUAUUUGUCGUGGUACAUGUAUUGAUAUAUCAUGUGACUCAGAUCUUGAACCUUUACCAAGUGCACAAAGUGCUUCACGUUCAUUAGCAAAUAAUGUAUAUACUUCAAAUGAUGAGGGUGCUUUAAUGGCUUCCACAACAGUAUUUGUUUUAGAUCCUGGCCAGGCUCCAUUGGUAUCAGAAUUAUGUGAUGAAGGAACAAUCCGUCCAUCAUGGUUAUUAUGGCUUUGUAUUGCUUUAGGGAUCAUGUUCCUAAUUAUGCUUAUUAUAAAUAUAUUCUUAUGUUCAGCAAUGACAUGCGCAUGUGCAAGAACUGAGAUAAUUGAAAAAGAGCCCUCAAUAAUUGAAGACUACGAUCCAUACAGAAGUUGGCAUGGUAGUCAAUAUGGAUCUCGAUACUCAUUAAAUGGAGCACCAAAUCCAAAACAAGGAUACACAUCAGGUGGCUCUACUAUGAAUUCCACACGAUCAAUAUCAUCUCAUAGUGAUCAUUAUGCAAUUGUACAUUCACGGCCAGGUAGUCGAUACAGUGGUCCACAUCAUAAACAACACAGAGGGCCUUCUAGUAAUAUUGGUUCACACUAUAGUGCGAAAUAAAAAUGAUUUGCAAAGGGAGAAAACAAAAUUAUAUUUUAAUUAAAAAUUAUUGCCAUAUUUGAUUAAAAAAAUUGUUGUUAAUUAAAAAAAAAUUCUAAAUUACCAAUAUUAUUCGAGAAUCUUUUAUAAAUCAUUUACAGAAAUCAUUCAAUGAUGAAGAGAGACUGAAACUUUUAUAGUUGUUAAAUUUAUCGAAAAAUAUUUUUUGUAUUGUUUUUAUGAAACGUUUUAGAUGCAUAAUCGUAUACACAGGUCUGGAAAUAACGUUAAUUCCAUUUAACAUCGGGGAAUGGUAACCCAUAUCACUUUAUCAAUGAGUCGUGACUAGUGUUCUAAUCGAUUGCAAUUAUUCAUUACCCAAUUUUUUGAAAGAAAUGAAAAGUUUGUUAGCAAGUUAAACGCGUUGUAAAAAAACUUAAAUUCGAGGAAGAGGAAAACAAAGAUUUAAAUUUCUCUAAAAUAAAAAUUUAUAUCCUACGAAAAGUUGUAAAGUUGUAGACAAUAAAUUUUGGGGAAAAUUACUUAUAAUGUUGUUGACUUCAAAUUGAGACACUCAAAUUACAAAUAAAUUUACAAAAUUAUUUCGAGUAUUGUGAUAAUUAUUUGUUGCCAGAUGAUCAUUUUUCUGUAUGUUGAUAGAAUUAAAUAUUUACAAAGACAUUUGCGAUUUUAAUCGUAAUUAUUUAACAAUCGUAAUAUAUUGAUCCCUCGAAUUACCAAUAUGACGAAUUUCACUGUUUGAAAGCGUCUAAUCCAAAUGGAAUAUAAAAUCUUACUAAAUUAUUGUCCAGACCUAUAUGUACAGAUCGUAAUUAGAAUGAUAGUAAGCUCAAUUAGUGGCAUGAUUCUACUUAAUGUCUUCCAAUGUCGCAAUAGUAGAUUAUACGAGAAUUAGAAAUGCACACAAUUAUUAAAAUAAACGAUAAAUCAAAUUCGAGAUAAUUCGAUAUUUUCAAAUUAACUUAAUUAACUUCUACUUACUGAACACACAAUUCAAAUCACAUUUAAAGAUUUCUCUUAAAUAAUUUGGAAUAACCCGCCAAUUUAAAUUCGAUGGUACAUCACGAUUUUGAAAAUUAAAUUUUAUUAAUUCAAUCAUUAAAAAAGUCAUUAAAUGCUAAGUAUUCAAUUGAUCAGGAUGAAUUUUGUAACAAUAAUUAAUGUUUUUUGCAGCUAUGUUUGUUACAAAAUACAUCCUCUUUACUUAACAUAGGCGACUUCUUACACAGUUAAUUCAUUCAACAUAAUUAAUAGGGAACUUGCACUUAACUUUAACACAUUGUUGAAACAGAUAUAAAUAGCAUAUUUAAAUUUUAUUUUUUUAUCGAUUAAGUGUAAUAAUAUCUUUAAUAUCGUGUUGCCACAUCCAUUGUGUGACUUGUAUCUAUAUUAAUUAACACUGAUUGGUGUUUCAAAUUAUAUUACACUUGACUUAGUUAUUGGAAUGUUAUGUGAGUUCCUUGUUAUUCAAGCUAUUUUAUUUAUCCCUAUUAUUCUGAUAAAAGUUUUUACAUCUCCAAUUUUAAUGAAAUACCAUAUUA